CCGCCUUAGUCCUCUGUCGCGCAUGCGCCGCACCUCUGCGCGUGGACGCGCUCUUUCUGACCUGAGUGGUCGGGGCGGGCGGCAUGUGGCAGCUCCUCGCGCUGCUCCUGAGGCAGUUGGUGGCCGCGGGGCUGGAGUCGCCUGCGGGGAAUGCGACCGGCCUGCCGUGCAGCCCCCACGGAGAGCAGUGUUGGACCCCACAGCACGUCCGCAGCCUGCCCCAGGACCGGUUCUGCGAUGGCCGCCCGGAUUGCCCUGACGGCGCCGAUGAAUCAGCAGAGGUUUGUCAGCACUCGGGAGUCCUGCCUGCCCCUGUCUGCCCCUGCCUGUUCCAGUGUGCGGAGGGUGCAGAGUGCUUCCCAUCCACCUGGGGGUGUGAUGGCCACGCCGACUGUGAGGAUGGGCAGGAUGAGCGGGAAUGCAGUCCAGACUCACCUGGGACUUCCCUAGCACCGAGCACUGCCCGGACAGAGAAUCCAGCGAUCUCCAAACCUGGGAAACUUGUGUUGUCUGAGACUCGAGGCCCCUUGUGGGUGACAGCUGCUUUUGUGCUCCUGAGUGUGCUGGUGGCUGCAGGCUGCACUGUUAGAUGGGGCCAGUUCAGAGGAAAGAACAACUUCUCCACCUUCAGCCUCGAGAAAGCUUCCAAAGAACAGCUGGUGCCGGACAGGAGACCUUCGGACUCGUUUCCCUGAUGGGAAGUUGCAGUGCUGUGAGAUGGGGACCCAAUUCGGUGUCCUCAUCAAACUCCCUCCAAAUACUGAUUGCACAAUUUCUGGGACAAGUUUUUUGGGGUUUGACUGGGUGACAAUCACACUGGAGUAAUCAAGGACUCUUCCUUUGACACAGGGAGUUUAGAUCGUGGGAUUAUAGUGGCAAUGGGGAAUCAGAAAUGACCGUCACUCGUGCUCUAAAAUCAACCCUACAAGAAUGUGAUGGAAACGCUUGGAAUGUCACAAUGGGUCAUCCAUUUCCCCCGUUGUAGACACAACACCCCCACCCCAAUGUGGGUUAUUCCACAAGAUACUCGCUGGAAUAGCUCUGGACAGUGCACUAUGUAGCCUCUGCAGUACAUUUGGCUGCUCUCCCUUCCAUGUCCACCCAAGAGUCCAUUGAAAACUAUCUCUUCCUACCAUGCUGAAUCUUGCCUGUAAGCAUAGCUGUUUGCUCCUGUUCCAGGGCAGGCCGUUCCAUUCUACACACCUAUGAGGGGCAGAGCUCAAAGUGACAUGGGUAUAUCAUUUAUGUCCCUGAGGAUAGUGAUCAUAUUUCUAAGCCAUGAGCUCAAACUUCACAUACCAGAAGUUCUUAAAACAUCAUUGACUGCAGGAGAACUGUCAAGGAGAUGGAAAAAUGAAGAGUCUCCUGUAUGCUUCACUUUGCAUUGGGUCACAGGUGGUGCAGCAGCCCCUGGGCACAGCACAGGGCAUUCGGCCUGAGUGCCCUCAACUCCCAGUGCAGGAGGUGCACUAAGCUCCUUGCAGGAUUGGGCCCAGAGUUUCCACUUUGACACUGAAAUCCCUGGACGUUGCAUUCUCUGUGCAGUCAGAAGAGUUGGUUAGCAGAUGUUUUAAGUUUUGACAAACAUCUGGAGCCAGCUUUGCUCUUCUUCGCUUUUACCUGUGAGUAGUCUUGGUCUCAAAGGUCAGCUAGUAGCUGCAAUGUGCCUCCAUUUCAGAUCUUGGUCCGUACAACAUUUUUUCGUGGACUGUUAGUAAAUAAAUGUAAAGCACUGAUACUGUAGAGGGAAUAGUUCCAGUGUAGAAACUGUUGGAGGGUGAGCACUGUCUUGUCCCUUUAAUCCAUUGUUGACAUUCAAGACCUAUUAUAUUCUUUGCACAGAUGCUCGCUGAAUACGCACACAUAUGGUAGAAGCUUGCUGCCCUGUUGGCUGAAUGUGGUGCCUUAAAGGUGAUGAUUCUGCUUGCAGGGCAUACACUCCAGGGCAGGACUCCCUGGGGGUUUGUAUAGUGGGUAUAUGUGCAUACGUAAUAUGAGAGAGUUUGUAAGAGGUAUGACAUAUUUAGAAUCUAGCCUCUUCCCAGUGAGAGGCUGAACCCCUGAGGGCUCAGUGUGCUGCAUUCUGUACAAUGGACAAAGAACCACAGUUGGCAAUUGGGUGGGUACUGAAUGACCAUGGGGGAAUUAAAGAUCUUUAGAAAACUU